AUGCCCGACCAAACGUCUGACCAAACGGCUGACAAAACGACCGAGAAACUCCCCAACAAAGUGCACGGAAGGUGGCAGCUGACAACUAAUUUGAAGAGCCCAGCAGAAGGCUUCUUCGGUGAAGGACGCGACGGUGAAGACUGGCAAUGCAGAGAUGGACCCAAUUUUGGAGCCCAUAACGGACCAUCUGUUGACCUCAUUGAGAAAACUUUAUCUCCAAUAAAGAUAGAGCCGAGGUUGAACACUUGGUGGAAACGAGCCAUCAGCUUUAACCCAUGGUCAAUUUUCGCGAUAGUUUGUAUUCUUGCCGUGGGGAUUGCGUCUUGUAUUGUGAUUGUUAUGAUGACUUUUCAAUUCAUUCCUGUGGAGUCAAGAAGGUCGACCGUUUUGAAUGACUCGGCUGUCAAUCAGACACAGAAGGCCGAUGAAUUGAUUCCCAUCAUUAUUGCACGGGCUGUUCCGCAUACUAAGGGAUUUGUGACAGUGUUCCGAGCUGCUCCGUCUGAAGAACCAACUAGUUACAGCUACUAG